AGCCGACUUCCUGUCCGGAUCCUUAGCGUGAUUUGUGAGAGCGGGAAGAAUCACAGCGAACAUGACUUCAUCACCAGUGGAGUACACCAUUGGAGGGGUGAAGAUCCACUUCCCCUGCAAGGCUUACCCGUCCCAGCUGGCUAUGAUGAAUUUAAUUGUUCGAGGUUUGAACACAGGGCAGUACUGUUUACUAGAGUCUCCAACUGGAAGUGGAAAGAGCUUGGCGUUGCUUUGUUCAGCUCUGGGUUGGCAGCAUGCACAGUUCGCCAAACUGCAGGAAGGAGGAAGCACCGGUCCAGACAAGAGCCAGAAGUCCGACUCCCCCACCUCUUGCAAGUGUGGGUGUCACAGCAAAUCCAGCAGGAACAAGGCAACAGCAGCAGACAAACAUGCUGUUGUGGACCUCACUGUGUCACCCUCCAAAGACACGGCUCAGCCGUCGACUUCAGCACAAGAACCCAUGCUUCUCCCAGAAGAAGAAAGAAGAAAAACGUCUCUAGCCUCUCGACUGUCAGAGAAGUUCCAGGCAUCUCUCAGCUCCGACUGUGUGAAAGAUGAUGACUUCCAGCAAGACAGGAAACGCAUUCGCGCUGCAGAGAACACGAGCCGUAAAAGGCAGCGACUGGAGAAGGGAGUCGUGUUCACAGAUGAUGAGCCGGAGCUGGAAAACCAGCCGGCGGGAGCUCAGAGUUGGAAUGCCGAGACGAAACACCAAGCUCCCGGUUGUUCCUCUACUUCCUGCAUGGAAGAUUGA